AUGAACACCUUCAAGGGUGAUGGGAAGGAUUCCUCAUUACUUUUUUCAUGGACGGAUGUGGGCACGGCUCCUGCGCGACUUCCUGUAUACUCGGCAAAACGAGAUGAACGGAGCCAAUAUGUUAACAGCAAAGGGAGCGAAUCAACUGGAGGUACCCCUGCAGAACCACAAAAACUUGCAGUAGGAGAACGCUUGCGAGCCACUCGUACAAAACCGCACAACCGAAGCGGCGAGGAAUUAACGAGCCCGUCACGCUCAAAAGAAUCGCAGGUGCUGUCAACAUAUAUGGGUGGAGGUAAAAUUGGCAUAUGGCCAUUGUCAGUAUAUGGUGUUGAUGUUUUCAGUGACUUGAGUGCCUUGCUGCCACAAACCAGAGCGCUGGAAAUGAGCGAACAGGCGGAGUGCGCCGACACCCCAACACCGGCAUCGCUUCAUCCGGAAGACUACAGCGCUAUGCGGCCGCUGGGAUCACUUUCUAUGCGUAGUGAUGACUCAUCUAAAGAGGAAUGGAAAUUGCCAUUAUUAAUACCGCGAGGUGACAUGGUCACAAAACAUGCGUCCGUAUCGCACUGGAUUGAGGGUACCACGAUAUUGAAUGAAUAUGCUCUGCUGAAGAGUGUUGGAAAGGGAACUUCAGGUAAGGUGCGGCUGGCGUACAGUCUCUCGCGUAACGAGUCCGUAGCAAUUAAAGUUAUCCCGCGACCGAGGGAGAAAAGACGAGCUAUUGAGACUGCUUGUAAUUCAGCAACAGCUCGGAUGGAGGCUCUACAGCGGGAAAUCAGAGUAAUGAAGCAAUUACGACACAAGAGUAUUGUCUCAUUGUUUGAGGUUAUCGAUGAUCCUGAUACUGAAAAGCUAUACAUUGUCAUGCAAUACAUCGACAACGGCCCGAUCGCCCGCCUAGACAGAGAAGGGAACUGUGAUCCGAUCCCACCUGAGGACUUAACUAAUUAUGCGCGCCAGAUUCUCGCCGGAAUGGAGUAUCUGCAGCGGCACGGCAUCGUGCAUCGUGACAUCAAACCUGAAAAUAUACUCGUCAACAGUAAGAAGUGCGCGUUUAUCUCUGAUUUUGGUGUUGCGGCAAUUCUCGGAGAUGACGAAAUGUGUUUGCACCGCUUCGAGGGGACUCCGUUGUUUAUGCCCCCGGAAGUAUUUUGCAGCGUUGAUCCAUCACCCUGCGUGGGUGAUGUGGGCGCUGACGGCACCAAUAAUGCUAACAGUGUUCAUAACGGAAGAAGCGGAAAGUCAGAUGUCCGGAAGCAACUUCUGUUCGCCAUGGAUGUUUGGUCUCUCGGUGUCACCUUCUACACUCUACUUGUUGGAUCGGUUCCAUUCAAAACAAUUGGGGACAUACAAAACACACUUCAAUCCCCAGUGGUGAUUCCCGACGUUGUGCCUGAGUCGUGGCGAUUGAUUUUGCAGUGGAUGCUUUCUCCUCUUCCAGAGCACCGCCCCACCGUAUCGGAGCUGCGCCUCCGUGUGAAAAAAAUGAUCCGGCAGGAUGUCGCAAAGCAGAGGAGUGAAGUAAUGAACUCGUCUGAGUCUCAAAAGUGUCCUGGAGGCUGCAGUGCACCGACUUCACCACUACCUUUUGAUUUGCAUCGACCGGCGCCGGCGGCUGGCCCGCCUUCUGCGUGGCAGUGCAAGUCAUGGGGCCACCCGGUAACGCGUGAGCAUAUUGUGGAAAGAGCACCAAUGGCAAAUAACACACCGUACGACUCGCUGAUAAGUUACAGUGAAGCAAAUGCGUCGCCAGCGGGGGAGGGUUGUCUCCAAGUGCAAGAAUCUACUUACCACGCGAGACGGUGGAACCCCACGAUUGCAUGA